ACUGCGUCCAGAUGACUGAAAUGGACUAAUGUAACCCUUUGGGUGCUUACCCAUCUGGUGACGCCAUGAAAGACCCGGAAGUGAGUUGGUGAAAGUGUUUUGAAAUGAAAAUGUCACUUGCCAAUGGUAAUCUGCUGCUGGAAAACUGGCAUUAAAAGCAGUUCAUCAUUCUUUUUAAAGAAUCCAGGGAUCUGUGGUUUACAGUGUACUGCUGAUUCUGACUGCUUCACCAUGCUCACACCAUCCAGCCUUAAGAAGAAGAUUGAAACUGAGAACAUAUUUGAAAACUCUGUCAAGCACUGCAAGAUGAAUGAAUUUCAACGACUGUUUUAAAGAUUAGCAGUUAGCCACACGAUCCAAAUGCUAGUCUGUAUCCUUCCGCUGCCAUUAUUAUGGAUGUGUUUUUGCAUUACAAAAGCAAUAAAGGCAACUUGCGUGAUUUGGUGGAUCUAGCAGAAAAGGCCCUCGAGGAGUUCCCAUGUCGUAUUUUACCGACGUUCACCCCAUGGUUCCCAUCUGGCGGUGAUAAAUCGCUGCCAAUUAAACCGCAAAAGUCUGCUCCUGUUAUUUCUGUAGAAGACCAAAAACAGAUCCAGUUCUAUCUGUGGUGCUCUGAGCCAUUGCUGUCAGCCAGAAGCGACUGUGAGUUCGAGGGCUUGAAGGAAUUCUCUACGGCUGAUGUGAAACAAUCUCUUUCGCGUCGACGGGUGAUUUCAGAGGACGCUGCUUCCAAAGCCCACGAUGACAUCGUUUCAGGUGACAGGCGUCUCAGAAGAUCGUGGAGCGCCGUUACUUUGGGGAGCCUGCUGAGUUUACAAAUUCAACCCUUUUCCAGACAGUUCCAGAAGGUGGUGGAGCGCUUUGGACUCCACUCCUUGCAGCGAGCGAAAUGGAUCAUCGAAGAGCCGAACUGCGUUUCAAGCGAUCUGGAACACGUAUGGACUGUCCUGUGCCAAGCCACCAGGCAAUCCAAGCUCCCGACUUGCAACGCCAACAUUCAAAGGAACCUGUUGCAGAUAUGGGUUUUCUGUGAUGUUUUAUACUCUGAAUAUGUCGGACAUUUCCUGAAACGAGAGCUUUGCCUGUCCGGACAGAUCAGUUUAGCUGUUCAUAGGCAAGGUACAAUUUUUAACUUGUAACAAUGUGGUUUCAGUCAUGUGUUGAGAUGAUGGGUGUUUUAAUUCUGUUAUUUAUUCGUGUAUAUUUUCAUGAGAUUUUGAAAUGCAUUUGCUUUGGGUUACAUUUUCCAGAAAAUGUUUUUACUUCAACUUAAUUUUUUCUCAGAGUAAAGGGAAAAUAAUUGUUUUCUUCUCUCUAAAAAUAUAUACAAUUUAUUUUUGACAUGACAAACAAUGGAUUGACAGGUAACAAAAACAUUUAUAUGUAUUAUCUGACCCUUAUUUUUACAUCAGUAUUGUUAGGUAUUAUAUCAUUGCGUUCCUUUUCUUACUUUUCUCAACUUGACAACCUGUCUUGUUGUAUUUUAUGCUAAAUGUGUGCACGUUUCCACAAAACGGUUUACAUUUUCAAAAGAUAUGUCUAAUGUUAUGGGAUUAAUACUUGAAAUGUGAAUUUAAAGCUUGUUCUCCGUUGUAACCAUUUAUAUGACUUCAGUGUGCAAAUAAACCUUUUAUUUUCUAA